AUUUUCCCCAGCCAAACCAAAACAAAACACCCAAGCGAGCGAGAAGCGAGAUGCUGUCGUGUGGCGUGGUGGCGCGGGCUGUUGCGGCCUGUUGUGCGGCGUUGCUUGUGGCUGCAGUGUGCAGUGCGCCUGGUGUGAGUGCGCACAGUGGCCGCGGCGAGCUGUUUGAGCUGCUGGAUCGUGUGGACUUGAACGCCGACAAGGUCAUUUCCUCUGAGGAGGUGGCGCUGUGGGCUGCAGCAAAUGGCGCCACAACAGCGGCAGGCACCAACCACUCCUUCACCCAAGAGCAUGUCCUCGCCCUGUCCAAGCUUCUCUCCAGCCCAAUCCUGGACGGCACCGUGCCGGUGGAAGUCCACACGUCGCUGUUGAACAACAGCCGCCUGGCCAUCAUGUGGGUGACGGAGGUCCCAACGAAGACAUCCACGGUUGAGUACAGCACGGACGGAUCGCACUCGUUCUCCAAGUCCAUUCAGGGAUCCACGCACACUUACACCGCCGGCGGAUGGAAGGGCGUCAUCCACGAGGUGCACAUGCCGGAGUUUCCCGCCAACACGCGCGUCACAUAUCACGUGGGCGACCGCGACGGCGGGUGGAGCGCCAUCUACACCGUGCAGACGCCGCCCACUGUUGGCAACAAGCGCACGGCCGACAAGCCACUGCGCAUCGCCACUUUUGGCGAUAUGGGCACAUACAUCCCGCUCGGCUACAAGGUGUGCGAGCAGAUGGAGGAGGAUCACAAGAAGAAGCCGCUCGACCUCAUUGUUCAUCAGGGCGACAUCGCAUACGCGUCCACAGCAGUCACCGCUGACGGAACUGACGAUGAAGACGGCUCAGACACCGUCGGCGAAGAGCAGGAAUUCGUCUGGGACAUGUGGGCGCAGCAGGUGCAGCCUCUCGCUGCCAACAUCCCAUAUGUGGCCGGUGUCGGCAACCACGAGAAGUUCUUCAACUACUCCUCCUACCUCGCCCGCUUCAAGAACCCAGAGCCAUGGGGCGGGUCACCAAGCGCAAUUGACAACGCCACGUUCUGGUUCAGCUUCGACUUUGGCCUUGUGCACUUCACGAUGAUGAGCACGGAGCACGACUACACGCCCGGCUCCCGCCAGCAUCGCUGGAUUGUCGACGACCUCAACGCCGCCGUCGCCAACAGGGGCACCGUGCCCUGGAUCAUCCUCGUCGUGGACAUGUACUUCUGUGGCCACAUGCACAUUUACGAGCGUAUCCACGCGGUGAACAACGGAACGGUGGUGAACGCCGCCUCCACCAUCUACCGCAACCCGUCUGCCCCCGUGCACGUCGUGCAGGGCAACGCUGGCGUGUUUGAGGAUGUGGAGUGGGUGACGCCAACGCCCGGUUGGAGUGCCGUCCGCAAGAGCCGCAUCGGGUAUGGCCGGUUUGAAGUGUACAACGCCACACACCUUUUCUACGAGAGCCUGGAGCUUGCCACCCGCGAGGCCAUGGACCAGUUCUGGAUCAUCAAGUCCUGA